GGGAUCGGUAGCAACUGUUGCCUUGAGAAUAAACGCCAUAGUCACGGUAGCCGUGGAGACUGUUACCCACCAACAGCUCGGGCCCGCAGCAAGAAACUAGCAUGCAGAGUUCAGAGGGUGCAUCCGACUCGGCAUCAACUGUUACCCUGCGGACAUCCGCUGCCGGUCCGCCAUCUGUGCAAGCUGCUGUGGUACAGCAAGUGGCAGCACCACAACAGCGGCUGGUGGUCCAGGCAACAGGUUCUGCUCAGAAAGGAGGCCAGGUACAGCAACUUCAGGUUCAGAGAGUGCAGCAGGUUCAACAGGUGCAGUCAGUUCAACAUGUUUAUCCAUCGCAAGUUCAAUAUGUGGAGGGCGGGGAUGCAGUCUACACCAAUGGCACUAUACGUGCAGCAUACUCCUACCCAGAAACCCAACUCUAUGCACAGAAUCCUGGAGCCUCAUACUUCGACACGCCGGGAAAUGCAGUCCAAGUGACCACAGUGGUAUCUUCACCCACUGUGGUGCCAUCUCACAGUAUGGUGGGAACUGUUGGCAUUGCAAUGGAAGUAGGAGGAGGUCAGAUCAUCUCAAGUAGCGGUGGAACAUAUCUCAUCCAUGGAGGGACAAUGGACAACUCUAGACAUCCACUCUCUCAUGCCACCCGCCCUUCACCUGGAACUAUUGAAAUGGCAAUCGAGAAUCUACAGAAAUCUGAAGGGAUCACGGCCCAUAAAAGUACUCUGUUGAACAGCCAUCUUCAGUGGCUCCUCGAUAACUAUGAGACUGCUGAAGGAGUUAGCCUUCCCCGGAGCUCCCUCUACAACCAUUACCUGCGGCAUUGCCAAGAACAGAAGCUGGAUCCUGUCAAUGCAGCUUCUUUUGGCAAACUGAUUCGUUCUGUGUUCAUGGGGCUAAGGACCAGAAGAUUGGGAACAAGGGGAAACUCUAAGUAUCACUAUUACGGGAUUCGUCUGAAGCCGGAUUCACCUCUGAACCGUUUACAGGAGGAUAUGCAGUACAUGGCAAUGCGGCAACAACCAGUACAUCAGAAACAAAGAUUUAAACCUAUGCAGAAGUUGGAUGGUGUUGGAGACAAUAUGCCUGGGAAUGGACAACAUGCAGCUCCAACAACACCAGAGCAAUCUGUAGCUGCACAGAGCCAACACCACCAGCAGUUUCUCGAUAUGUCUCGUGCAUUGCCAGAGUUUAUUGAAGCAGAGAUUGGUAGCUGUCCUUUGCCGGAAGAUAUCACAUUGAAUGAAGUGAAGACUUUACAGAUUUUGUACAGAGAGCACUGUGAGGCAAUGUUGGAUGUUGUAAUAAAUCUUCAGUUUCACUACAUUGAAAAACUUUGGCAAACGUUUUGGCAUUCAACCCCUUUGCCAACUGAUGGGGCCUCUGUCACUUCAGUGAGUGAGGAAGAGAAUGAAGCCAUUUUCCCUAAAGACAAACUUAUCAACCUCUGUAAGUUUGAACCUAUCAUUAAAUGGAUGAGGAACUGCGAUCAUGUGCUGUACCAAGCACUGGUGGAAAUUCUUAUUCCAGAUGUAUUGCGACCCGUGCCCAGUGCCUUGACUCAAGCUAUUCGGAAUUUUGCCAAGAGUUUGGAGGCUUGGCUGAUCAGUGCGAUGAGUGGCUUCCCUCAGCAGAUGGUUCGAACCAAGGUGGGCGUAGUUAGUGCCUUUGCCCAAACGUUGCGCAGGUACACCUCUCUGAAUCACUUGGCACAGGCAGCCAGAGCUGUGCUGCAGAAUACAUCGCAAAUCAAUCAGAUGCUCAGUGACCUCAACCGUGUUGACUUUGCCAAUGUACAGGAACAAGCAUCCUGGGUUUGUCAAUGUGAAGAGGGAAUGGUGCAACGAUUGGAGCAGGAUUUUAAGAUGACUCUACAACAGCAGAGCUCCCUUGAUGAAUGGGCAUCCUGGCUUGAUAAUGUAGUGAAUCAAGUCCUGAAACCACAUGAAGGCAGCCCCAGCUUCCCUAAGGCUGCCCGCCAGUUCCUGCUAAAAUGGUCUUUUUACAGCUCCAUGGUUAUUCGGGAUCUGACCUUACGCAGUGCUGCCAGCUUUGGUUCCUUUCACCUGAUCCGGCUGCUUUAUGAUGAAUACAUGUUUUAUCUGGUAGAACAUCGUGUAGCCCUAGCGACGGGUGAGACCCCUAUUGCAGUGAUGGGAGAGUUUGGUGACCUCAGUUCGAUAUCUCCUCUACAAAUGGAGAAAGAUGACGGGAGUGGGAUGGAAAGUGAGGUGGAUACCGAUUCAAGAGGAGUGACAGAGCCUCCUGUCAAACGAGAACGUGUGGACCUCAACCAUUCCCUUCAGGAGCUGGAUGCCUCUGCUCAUCAGGAACUAAUGAAUUCAAUAUAAUCUCACUGGACUGAAACCUCUGGUAAAACAUAUAAAUUUGUCCAGGACUCCAGGUCAGGAAGAAUAACCCAAUCUCCAGGCUUUGGGGAGGCCUGCUUCAAACCACAGAAACUAAAUGUACAAAGUGCCCAGAUUAGUCAUGUGUAUGACUCACCCAGUCCUUAUCGACUGGAUGCAGUGGUCAUUGACCUGGCUGACAAGCUGUCGGGGCAGUGAUGAUCCAGCAGGAACAGCAUCAGCCAAACGGGUCCUUGUCCACUGGGAAUGAAAUAGCUGUAGCUGCUUAGUGUGCAGAGUCCAAGGGAAAUAUUUUGCUAUGACCAUUUUAACACUGAGACAAAAAUGGUUUAGGUUUUUACAGUCCAGGUUCUGCUUUAAUUCAUUAUUGCACAACUGUUGGUGGAAAACACUGAUCUUCAAAGGCCAAGGCAGCUGGGAGCUUAACUGACCACUAAUUUGAGUGUGUCAGGAAACUCCAGGUUCUGUUUUUGUAAAUACAAGAAAAUGUUUACUUUUGUAAUUGUUUAUGUACUUGCCCUGUCCCUUGUCUGCUCCACUGCAAUCUGGAGACUGACAGUACCACUCCAAUCAUUCUUCAGAUCUGCUCCUCAAGAUUUAAUCCUUUUUUUUGUUAAAAAUGUUAACUAUGUUUGUGCAAGGGAGUGCACCGAGGCCUCUGAGAAUCAAGCUCCUGCACUGCACACCGACUGGAGAAUUCCCCAACUGCUCAUGAGUCACUGGAUUGGAGGUAGGAGGUUUGUGGGCAGAGUGUGAAAUCUCAUCUUUCCACCAGUUCUCUUCCUUCAGCUGGGAGAUUGACUAAAUGGAAUCAUGGACUAAUCUACAGUGACAGCUACCUCUGGUUAGCAAGGAGAUUUGAGUAUGAGUUGAGUUAACCUAUUAGCUUUGCCCAAACCCCUUCAAUAUUAGACACAUUGGUUCUGUGUGACUUACAGUACAAGCCAGCUUGGGCAAGCAUUUCUCGAAAUGCUGUUACUUACUGCGGGAAAAUUGCCUUAUUUUACCCAUUACGUAGUUAACAAUGAGCCUAGCUAGUCAGUAUAUUAGCUAGUGAUGAGUGAAUUGUAUGCCUUUAGUGGGUAUGGUUCUAUUUUGAGUAUCAGGGAUACCAGUACAUGUAUUACACUGUGCCUUAGGGAAAAUACUGGGAUAUUCAAUGAAAUGUGCCUGCACUGGUCUGAGACCCAGCGACUGUGAACUAACUUUUAAAACCUGACGUUUAUACUUAUUUUUGUUACUGAUGAUUCAGCAACAUCAAACGUAUUGCUUACAAUUGCAAUCACGAAAUAUAACAAAGGAACCUAAGAAAAGUACCUUGUGUACUUAUCGCUUCAGUUUUUGUCACAUAUUGCAGUUUUUAAAAAUAUUUGAUACAAUCCUUUAUUAAUGGAAAGAAAAUUUCAAUUGAGGCCAGAGCACAGUAUCUGGUGUCUGCAGUCUUACUUGCUCCUAAGCAGGGCAAUUUGGUUUGAUUUUUGAUGACAAGCAAGUCUGACUGUGAUAGCGACCGGAUACAGUACAGUCAUGGAACUGGGACUCAGAAAUGAGACAAAGGUUUGUGUGGGUCUGUUCCAAGUUUUGUGCCAGGUCCACUUCUCCUCAACUGUCAUUGUUUUUUGAUUGUGAUUGGCUCAAUUCCACAAAAGCUAACCAUCUUACUGGCAGUUGAUUCAACUUACACACAGCGCUGCCUUUGAAUGGGAAAGCAAACAAGUUUUGCAAUCAAGUGGGUUUUCUUUCUUUUCCCUAUCUCUGCUUCACAAGCAAAUUAUUUUUUGUUGGAAGGUAAAUUUGGAGUUUUGCAUCUCUCUGUUGGGAGCUGUACCUGUGGAUGGUCCACAUUGGAGAUGUGUGUCCCAAACACACACACCCUGGCUGUUUAGGGUGCUGAGGUUAUUGUCACAAGUGCACUUUCAGUUUACUAUAAUUGUUAAACAUUUUCAGUCAUUUCCCUAUUGAGACUCUCGCUCAAGAGUUUUUGUUAUCAACCAGAAAUAAAGGCUUUCAUGUGUAUUUCUCUGCUUUGUAAGGAAUCGGCAGGCAGUUAGCAGGAGAGAUAUUGGUGUGUCACAAGUUAAUGUCUUAAUGUUGUAAUCAUGACAUUGCAUGGAAAAACCGGCAAGUUUUAAUGCUUUGAAAUGACCGAGUUUCUGUAAAGGUCCAAUUUUGUCAUUUAAUCUUGAAGCAUGUGUCUGUCCGCAGAGUGCCGUAACUUGGUGCAUGUUCAGUCGAUGGUUCAGCCGCUGUCUCUCACUGACUAGUAGUGUUGUCACUUGCACCUGGGAAUUCGAACCAGAAUCAUGAAGCUCAGUCUCAUCAUUCAAAACUUCUGAAAACUCUAAUCUACCGUUCACGUCUUAUUUUAAACUUAGUCAUAAAGUUUUAACAAAUGUGCUGGAAAGCCAUUAGAGAUUGUAAACCGAUGGUGAUUCCAUUUGUGCAGUUCAUCCAUGUGACUGGCUGAUUUUAUGAAUUGCAUUUAAUACAAUCUUUCACCUUUUUCUGAAUCCAUACAGUUCGACACAACAAUACAUCUAGACCUCAAAGGUUUUGUAUCUACUUUGAAUGUGAUGGUGGAGGUGAACUAAAUUAAUAUAUUUGACGUGAAUAGUUAUCAUAAUGGCCUAGUCCAUUUAUAGAGGGUAGGGGUUUAAAAAUGUGCUUUGUAGCCGUUUAACUGGAAUCUAGCCAGCCUAAGAAGAUUUCACGUGAACGCCUAGCCCAGUCUUGUUUUAAACCAAAAUUUCUCUUUAAAUGUUCACUGUUUCUAAUUAAUCUUCUAUUGCUGAAAACAGAAAAGAUGCAUUCAGUGUCAUUUUCCAGGGAAUAAUUUUGUGUCAUCUUUUUGAUUUUUUUUUUUUAAAAAUUAUUUGUAAAAGAAUCCUGAUGUACAUUUUUUUUAGAUGUAUUCUCUUCUUUCGUAAUACCCAAGUGCUCCCAAAAUAGGCAGACAUUCUUAGGUUUUUUUUAACCUACCAUUAUUGAUGGAAACUGUGUUGUAACUUUUUAUUUUGUGAAAAUGCACAAUUUUGCAAUAGAGCAAAAAAUGCCCAAACCAGUUGGCAAAAGGGUUACUUUGCAAAGUCAAAGAAUGCAGGUUUAUGAUCAAUGUUGAACUGAUGAAAAAUGCUGACUACUUUUUACAACUUAAAACUCAAUUUAUGUGGCAUGUUUCUUUGUGCAGUGCUCUGGACUCUACUGGUUGUUGUAAUUAUCCAGGAAAAGACCAUUCAGCUCCUCCACCUUGCCAUUAACUUAGAUCAUUGUUGGCUAAAUCAUAACUCUAUUUCUUCACUCAAAGCAUUGACAGAUUGGAAGGUAUUUGUUAGGUAAUUAUGAAAUAUUAUGAAAUAUUUCAUAAAUGCCUAACAAAUACCUUUCAGUCUGUCAAUGCUUUGAGUGUCAUGCUGUAAGUUACAUCCAGAUUACAGCAGUUGAUAAGCUUGUCACUUCUGCCUGAACAUUGUAGUAGCCUGUGCUGCCCUUAUUCCUAUACAUGUGCAGUGAUUCACUGAAUUUCAAUGCCACCUUGUGGACAUUGCCACUGCUCAGUGAUGUCCAAGUUGUACGCGUUGUCUGUUAACCAAAACAUUCUCCUGCUGCCGACAGAUCAUACAUCUCAGACUUGCUGCUACUACUGUCUUUCCCCUGUUUGAACUCUGUGCAGCCUCGCCAGCUCUGAGUAUUGUGAUUAAUGUUGCUGCAUGUUUCACUAACAUUGUUCCUGAUGGGUAACUAGAGGAGUGUAACUGAGUUGUGAGAUUCAGACCCAGGCAGCUUGUGAGAGUCAGCUGUUCAAUUAAGUUUUAUUCACUGCGUUUGAUGAUUUCCUCUGAGAUUGUGAGACUGAGCUUAUGUGUGCUUUCCUGCCUGUGGUCUGUAGCCCGUUUCUGGUGAAUUUAAGGCAGAGAACCAGAAUGUGCUAGGAAUAUAUACUGGGUCUGCAAUCUAUUGAGUAGCCUCCCUGUUCUCCCUCUAUUUCCAAAUUUGAUGGAGUUUCAGUGAUGUUAUAACAUCCUCUGUAAAGCCCAUUUGUAAAACAUACUGAGGUGAUGGGUUCUCAAGCUGUGUGUAACCCACCUGUUAAUUUUCUCUACUUACAGUAUCCACAGCUAGGGCUAGUGCAAAUCUUCAGAAAGUGAAUGAUCUUUUGUGGUAAUAUGUUAAAUCGUACACCAUUUGGUAGUGUGGGCAGUGAUAUUAACCAGACAGCCAUAUCUAGUUCAUUCCAGAUGUUGCUACUCCAGUGGUGGGUAUGUUCACUUUAUAGACCUAUAUAGCGACUGAAAUGUAACUGAAUAUAAGUACAUUUAAAAGAUUUAGAUAAAGGAUGUAGCAAUUCAGGGAAGCAACAGUUUGCUACAACAAAGAGCUUUUCGUGAUGGAUAAGUGCAGAGUUGCCCAGAGAAAAGCCUGCUCACUGGCUAGAAUAUGCCACAUAAAAAUAUGGUUUAUUUUAAAAUAAUUGAAGUAAUUUGGAUGUUGAAAGAGGAUUUACCCCCAGUAGCAACUUAUAUUUUUGUUAGAAAUUGGAAGCCUUUACAGCAUUCCUGCCUGUCCUGUAUUACUGCAUUAUAAAAGCAAGUAACCCCUGAAUAUUGUCAACUGGUAAAUGAGAUAACUGAAUUAAUUUCAACUUCUGUGUUCUACAGUGUCUCAUUGGGAUUGGGAAUGUUUUAAGAUGUAUAGAUUCUCAACUGUUUGCAUAUUCUUUGUAUUUUUAAUUUGCAAAACUAGGAAUGAUACCAGUUGUCUGUUUUUAUUCUUUUCAUAAGCUAUGUAGUUUAUCAUACCAAGUGACCUUGGUCAGUCUAACUUACAAGAUGAAAUUGGUUAGGGUUAUCUGUAAUAUGUGUAUAAAUUGAUGUAAAAAUUGGAAUUCUAACAUUUUGUGCAUUGUGAUUAUUAUUAUUGUUGGUUUAAAGCUUUCUUGAGAUUUGGUACAAAUAGAAUCGCCUAAGGAAA